AAGUGGUCUCUUCCUGCAUUCCGAUUUCCUACUCUGUUCCGUUUGCACAGUAAUGGCAAUGAGAGUUGACCCUCCAAGUCCGUCAAUGCUCAUCGCUUUCUUGACCCUUUCCUUCCCCUCCUCCUCCUCCUCCUCCUCCUCUCUCUUAUAUCAUCCAGUUUCCCCCUGAAACGGAAUUGGAGUUGCACUUUGUGGCAGUUGGGUAGGCUGUGAGAGAGAGGGGCAAUGGCUGGAGGUGGUGGUGAGUCGACGAUAAAGUUGGAGGACACGCCCACAUGGAUCGUCGUGGUUGUGUGCACCGUCAUAGUCUUCAUCUCCCUAGUAUUCGAGCGCCUCCUUCAUUAUCUCGGCAAGACCCUCAAGCGGAAGAACCAGAAGCCGCUGUUCGACGCACUCCAAAAAAUCAAAGAAGAGUUGAUGUUGCUGGGGUUCAUCUCGCUGUUGCUGGUGGCGUUCCAGGGGACUAUCCAACGUAUAUGCGUCCGUGAGAGCCUCAUGCACCACCUGCGUCCCUGCAAAAAAGAUGAUACGGCGACCGCAGCUGCCCACUUCAGCGUCGGCUUCUCCGGUGGUGCUCGCAGGUUGCUAGCCGGAGGAGGAGCCGAUUCGACCCACUGCCAGAAAAAGGGAAAGGUUCCACUACUAUCACUGGAGGCAAUUCAUGAAUUGCAUAUCUUUAUCUUUGUUUUGGCAGUCACUCAUGUGGCACUCAGCCUUAUCACUGUGGUUCUAGGAAUUGUGCAGAUGCGGAAUUGGAAAUUAUGGGAGGACUCAGUUCAGGAAGAGGAUGCAAAUGCUUCUCCAAAGAUCACCCAUGUGAAUAAAUCGGAAUUUGUCAAAAAACGUUACAAGGGCUUCGGCAAGUUUUCAUUCAUAUUGAGUUGGAUGCAUUCAUUUUUUAAGCAAUUCUAUGGAUCCGUCACUGAGACAGACUACACUACUAUGAGACGUGGAUUUAUCAUGACUCACUGCAAAGGAAACAAAAAAUUCAACUUUUACAAGUAUAUGAUACGAGUCCUUGAAGCCGACUUCAGAAAGGUUGUUGGUAUAAGUUGGCAACUCUGGAUUUUUGUCAUGAUAUUCUUGUUGCUAAAUGUUGAAGGUUGGCAUGCAUAUUUUUGGAUAUCAUUCUUACCUCUAGUUCUUCUGCUUGCCAUUGGCACAAAAUUGGAGCAUAUUAUCACUCAGUUGGCUCAGGAGGUUGCUGAGAAACAUUCUGCCAUUGAAGGUGACUUGGUGGUGACUCCAUCGGACCAUCUCUUCUGGUUUCACAGGCCACAAAUUGUCAUCUUCUUGAUUCACUUCAUUCUGUUUCAAAAUGCCUUUGAGAUUGCAUAUUUCUUCUGGAUAUUGACAACAUAUGGCUUUGAUUCCUGCAUCAUGGGGGAAGUGGGCUUCAUCGUCCCCAGGCUUGUCAUCAGCGUCCUCAGUCAGCUCCUUUGCAGCUACAGCACCCUGCCACUCUAUGCCAUUGUCACCCAGAUGGGGAGUUUCUUCAACAAGGCCAUAUUUGAUGCGAAUGUGCAAGCAGGUCUUUUGGAUUGGGCAAGAGGUGCCAAGAAGAACAAGAAGACUAGAAUAGUGAAUGGGGAGAAUGCAUCAAGAACUGAGGGUGCUGAGGGAGUCCUGUUGCACAAUAUUGUCGUUGUGGAUGAGUCUGCAGUGGGAGGGAGGAAAGCUGAGAUCACCGAAGUGUAGGCUUCUGCAUCACUGCUCAAUCAUGCAAAAUACAUGAUAUAGAAGGAAUUGGUAGUGCCAUAUAAAGAGCCACUGUUCAUGAAUGAGUAUUUUCUGAUACGACAUUUGUCUUAUAUCCUACUGAGUAAAUAAUUAAUUCAACAUGUGAAUCCAUGUAUAAGAACUGGUGUCUGGUGUAUUUUCAUACCAUUGAUGUAUGUGAACUGGUGUAUGGUGUAUUAUCUACUGAGUAAAUAAUUGAUUCUAUUGGUGUGUGCAUGAGUAA